UUAGCGACUUAUAGCGGGACUGCGGGGACGGCGGCGGGCAUUCUGACACUGGGGGGGGGGGGAUACUGACUAACUGCAACUGACAUCCCAAUGACACUAAUACAGUGAACAGUGCUAAUAAAAAAUACUGACACUGUACUAAUGACACUGGGCAGGAAGGGGUUAACAUCUGGGGCGAUGAAAGGGUUAACUGUGUGCUGUGUGUGUGUUUUACUGAAAACAUGCUGCUGUGUAUUUCUCUGCUGUGUACAUAUAAGUGAUCACAUAUACUUUGUUCUCUUCUGCAUAAAGGGAGGAGAAACAGUAGCA